AUGAAUUUAUCCACAUCAUCAACAUUAAAAAGUGCUCAAACAUCAACAGAUUUUGUUAAUACAAAAAGCAAAAAAAAAACUAAAUCAAGUAAAUCUUCAUUAAUAAAACAUAAUGAUGAAAAUAAAGAAAGAUUGUCUUUAUUAACUGAUGAGAAAUAUUCUUCAUCUAAAAAAACUAUUUCAUUUAGCAAAGAUACAGAUUUUACAACUAAUCAUCAUCUAUUAAAAAUAAAUACCAAAUAUGGAGAAAACAAAAAUAUGUUAACAGGAAAACAACUUAAAUUAAGAGAAUUGGUAAAAUCAAGAAUAACAUUUGUUGAUUGUGGAAAAAUAAUCUUAUUUUACAUAAUUCUAAAUUCAUUUUAUUUUAUUUUUACUCUUAUUAUGUUUGCUAUUUUUAAACCAAGUAAUAUUGAUCAUCCUAUUAUUCAUGGAGAAUCAUCAUUUCAUGGAUAUGAACCAAAAUUAAUUACAAUACCUAUGACUAAAAAUCCUGGUGGAAAAUUAAAAUUUUUAAAAUUUGAUCCAUCUGAUAUUAGUACUUAUGAAUUGUAUACUAAACAAAUAGAAAAAUUUUUAGAAUUAUUUAAUGAUACUUCCAAUGGUAGAAAUUGUUUAAUUGGUGAAACUAAUAAAGAUGUUAAUGAUGGUUUAUUAAAACAAAAUAAAUUUUGUAUGAAUAAACAAAUAAAUUCAAUAACUCUUCCUGAUUGUACUACUGAACAUGAUUUUGGAUUUAAAUAUGGUAAUCCAUGCUUUUUUUUAUCACUUAAUAAUCAUCUUAAUUGGAUACCAGGUAAUUUAAAUGAAACAUACAUUAAUGAGAAUAAUCUUAAUGGUAUUGAUACUAAUCAUUAUAUUCCAAUCACAUGCCAUAAUGAUGAUAAUAAUAUUAGAUUUAAAUAUAGUGAUAAAAAUGGUAUUAAUAAAAAAUUUUAUCCAUUUUUAAAUAUUAAAGGGUUUCAUAAGGGAUAUGUAAUUAUUCAAUUUUAUGAUUUAAUUCCUAAUAAAGAAUAUAUUCUUACUUGUAUAUUACAUACUGGAAAUAAUGAAAAAAAAUUGAAGGAAAAUAAAGUAAUAAUUAGAAUUAUUGUAGACAAAUAA